AUGACUUCAAUAUUCAAGUGUACAGUCUUGCACCUACUCAUAACCACGGGGAAGAAGACGAUCAAGAAAAUGCUCCCGACAUCGCCGCUACACUUCGCCACCGCUGCUCUCAUCGCGACUAUGCUGGUACUCUCUACUUGAACCUUUACGAAAACCAUUUUUCGUAUAUUAAAGACCUGGCCCGAUGCAGUAAAUCCUUUGCUGUUCUUUCUGUGGCAAGUACUGGAAGAAAUCGUCCAGAUUGAAUAGACACAAAAAGACCUGUGACGGAAAAGUCCAGCUCAAGUAUCCUGGCGGCGCGUACCAUGUCCCUAAAACAUGGUUUGAGCAACUAGAAGAAGAGGGUAUUAUUGUCCCUCAAGAAGCCCGCUAUUUUCCCUACCAUGCGACCUUCGAGUGCUAUUUUGAUCAAGAAAAAGCACAAGAACUGAAAAACAAAGACAAGUUGAAUUGGCAGUCAUCUCAUGUACCUUUGACUGUGAGCGUCUGUAGUAAAGUGUCUGGUCACCAAGCACCCAAAUGUUUCGUGUCUAACGGCGGCCCAAACGAGUUUAUUUCAGAAUUUAUCCAGUACCUCACCAAUAUAAGCCUGAAAAGUUCCUCUCUCCUUCAUGAACAGUACGCAGACGUAUUAGAAGCGCUCAAGACCGUAAGAGCCCCUGAAACAAGAGAUGACCAGAAAAAAAAAGUGAAGAAGAGAGUGAAGAUGACAGCAGAGGGAUUGAUUUGCUGGCAAGCGAUGACGAAGAGGAUGAAGAGAUUGAAUCGGAGAACGAAGACCGCGCCUUUCUUGAUGAUGAGACAGAAGAACAGGAAGAUAUAUCUUUUUACAGAAGACUGAAUGUAGAGCUAGACAGUGAGAGGAGACAAGAGAGAAAACAACAGCGAGAUGAGCUAGCCCUGUAUGAAGAUGUGUUGUUUGGUCAAGAACAGACCAGAGACAACAAAGUGUUGAACGAACUAGAAGAAAAACUAAACGUUUAA